AUGUAUUCGAGAAUACUCGCCGGAGGGAGAACCGGACCUCAUUCGUUGCCGUUGGCCAGAAUAAAGAAGAUCAUGAAAAAGUCCGGGGACAACGUCAAUAUGAUUUCCGGUGAGGCUCCCAUCGUAUUUUCCAAGGCUUGUGAACUGUUGAUCGAGGAAUUGACGCGAAGGUCUUGGAUGGUGGCCAUGCAAAGAAAGAGAAGGACGCUUCACAAAGAGGACGUUGUCUCGGCUGUUAUAGCCACUGAUAUCUUUGAUUUUCUGGUGAAUUUGGUGUCUGAAGACUCCACUACUCCUAUCGACUUGACCCCCGUUGAAAGGGAAAAACUAGAGUUCUAG